CACUGCGCGAGCGCGCGGCCCUCGCCAUGUUGGCCGCGAUGGGGGGCUCCCUGGUUCCUGCCUUGAUCGAGCGCUACGUGGCCGCCAUGGUGCUGAGCGGGGCCGGCGACCUGCUGGGCUUCAAGAACGGCAGCUGGGAGUUCAGUCGGGACGGCCCGGCCAUCCACCGGGAGCUGCAGCAGCUCGGGGGCCUGGAGAAGCUCGACGCCUCGGGCUGGAUGGUGAGCGACGACACGGUGAUGCACUUGGCCACGGCCGAGGCGCUGGCGGACUGGCGCCGGGAGGACGGCCUGAGCCCUCUCUAUCGCAAAAUGGCGCAGAAAUACAAGAACUGCAUGAAGGACAUGACCGGUCGAGCCCCAGGUUUAACUUGUAUUAAGUCUGCUCGCCAACUGCAGCCGAAAGUAGAUGGUGGGUGGACAAUUCCAUUCGAUCCUAAAGGUGGUGGAUGUGGCGGUGCCAUGCGAGCCAUGUGCAUUGGACUGCGAUUCCCUCAUGACACAGAAUUGGAUACACUCAUUGCAAUAGCUGUUGAAAGCGGCCGAAUGACUCACCACCAUCCAACUGGUUAUUUAGGAUCUUUGGCUGCAGCAUUAUUCACUGCAUAUGCUGUGAGUGGCAAACCUACAGAGAGCUGGGGCAAGGGCUUAUUGGAUACAUUAGACAAAGCAAAGAGCUACGUCAAAACAGCUGGAAAACAUGUGGAGGAUAACCUGGCUGCAUGGCCAUACUUUGAAAACCAAUGGAAAAAAUACCUUCAGGAACGUGGUAUUGCAGAUGGAAAAUCAAAACCAACUUUCCCUGAGAAGUACGGCGUGGUAGAGCGUGACAAAUUCUACUCUUCUGUCAGCUAUAGCGGUUGGGGAGGUUCCAGUGGGCAUGACUCCACAAUAAUAGCUUAUGAUGCAAUACUGGGUUCUGGUGAUUCUUGGAUAGAGCUGUGCAACAGAGGAGUAUUUCACGGUGGUGAUAAUGAUUCCACAGGUGCGAUAGCUGCAGCUUGGUGGGGAGCAAUGUAUGGAUUUCAAGAAGUUCCUAAGUCUAACUUUGAGAAUCUGGAAUACAAACAACGUUUGGUAACAUUAGGAGAGAAAUUGUAUGAACUCAGUCAUUCAAGUUAUACAAGGUUGUCAGCCAAAAGCUCCUGUGAUGCAGUGAUGUAGUGAAACCUUUAGAAGUGCCGGUAGACGUGAUUUAAAGAACAAUCUGUCUACUAAACUACUAAUAAUACAAGAAAAAUCUAUGUAUUAUUAGUUGUUGAUGAAUGCCUUACUGUAUUGCAUUAUUAGAGAAAUAAUGCAAUUUAAAUUACUCUCAAGCUAGUUGGUGGGGUUUAUGUAUUGCAGCCUGGGGACUGGACUGGGUUUGCCUGUAAGUUCAAAUACAAAGAAAUAAGAUGCAACAUACAAUAUUCAGAAAUGUAAUGUUAUACCUCUCCCACCUCUUUGUCACAAAAAAUAUAUCCUGGCCUUUACAUCCUCUCUAGUUAUAUUGCAGAAUCUUCACACACUUUUUACAUUUACUCUGUUGAUUGUGGUGGACUAAAUAGCUUUAUAUAAGGAAAAUUAUUAGCAUGAUACUGAUCAUAAACACAAGAAAGGAUACUGAUGUAACCCUCUUGUCUACUUAACUUGUUAACAUUAUUUAACUUGUUGAGCACCAACCAUAUUAGUAAAUUAAUCAAGGCCAAUGUUUUGAUGAGCAAUGUCCAAAUAGGGCAGCGUUAUGUUGAACUGGGUAGGGACAGGAAUAUAUUGAAUACUGGGAUUUAGAUUAAUUUAGACAUUGGUGCAAAUUGUUGAGUUGAUAAUGACCUUGUGGAAUUGAGCUCAUAAUCUAAAUGGCACUUCAGAGCAGCACUUCUGUUGAAGGUAAUGUUGUUAAGAUACUAAAACUUGCUUCUGUGGUGCUAUUAAAAUGCGGGAAGAUCCCAGGCUUCAGACUGAAAAUUCAACUAACUCACCAGUGACUUUUAUUAACACUAACAGUCAAAAUAACAAAAUUGCCAAAGUAUCUUAUGUUGAUAGAAUCUGAAUGUAAUAAUUCUUCUCAUUAUUAAAAUUAAAACAUCAUAAUAA